AGGCGGGACCAGAGCCCUAAGGGGCUCGGGAUUGCGGAAGUUUGGUGAGGAGGGUCGGUGGCUGGUGUUGUUCCUGCAAGAUUUACAGCCCUGCGCGGGGCUGCCGCUCGGGGUCUCAGAGCCACCAGCCUCCGGAGGUUGGCGACGGUGACUCGGGCGCGACUCGACGGCGCUGCUGCCGGCUGUCCUCGGUCCGCUUUCGUCCGCGGGGACCCGCCUCGGACCUCCACCAUGGCGUCCACGAGCACCAACCUCCAGAAAGCAAUAGAUCUUGCAAGCAAAGCAGCACAGGAAGACAAAGCUGGAAAUUAUGAGGAAGCUCUGCAACUCUAUCAACAUGCUGUUCAGUAUUUUCUUCACGUUGUUAAGUAUGAAGCACAAGGUGAUAAAGCCAAGCAAAGCAUCAGGGCCAAGUGUACAGAAUAUCUUGAUAGAGCAGAAAAACUAAAGGAGUAUCUGAAGAAAAAGGAGAAGAAACCACAGAAGCCUGUGAAAGAGGAUCAGUCAGGUCCACUUGAUGAGAAGGGGAAUGACAGUGAUGGGGAAGCAGAAUCUGAUGAUCCUGAAAAAAAGAAACUGCAGAAUCAACUUCAAGGUGCCAUUGUUAUAGAGCGACCAAAUGUGAAGUGGAGUGAUGUUGCUGGUCUUGAAGGAGCCAAAGAAGCACUUAAAGAGGCUGUGAUUCUGCCUAUUAAAUUCCCUCAUCUGUUCACAGGAAAGAGGACACCUUGGAGAGGAAUCCUAUUAUUUGGGCCACCAGGAACAGGAAAAUCCUAUUUAGCCAAAGCUGUUGCAACAGAAGCAAACAACUCAACAUUUUUCUCAAUAUCGUCCUCUGACCUUGUUUCUAAGUGGCUGGGGGAAAGUGAAAAACUGGUUAAGAAUUUAUUCCAGCUUGCCAGAGAGAACAAGCCUUCCAUUAUCUUCAUUGAUGAGAUUGACUCUCUCUGUGGUUCAAGAAGUGAAAAUGAAAGUGAAGCUGCACGAAGAAUUAAGACUGAGUUCCUGGUUCAAAUGCAAGGAGUAGGUGUGGACAAUGAUGGCAUUUUGGUUCUGGGAGCUACAAAUAUACCCUGGGUUCUGGAUUCUGCAAUUAGGCGAAGAUUUGAGAAACGUAUUUAUAUCCCUUUGCCCGAAGCCCACGCCCGGGCAGCCAUGUUUAAACUGCACUUGGGCAGCACUCAGAACAGCCUCACAGAAGCAGACUUCCAAGAACUUGGGAGGAAGACAGAUGGCUAUUCAGGGGCAGAUAUAAGUAUCAUUGUACGGGAUGCACUUAUGCAGCCUGUGAGAAAAGUUCAGUCAGCUACUCAUUUCAAAAAGGUUCAUGGACCCUCAAGAGCUGAUCCUAACUGCAUUGUAAAUGACCUGCUGACACCCUGCUCUCCAGGAGAUCCUGGAGCUAUUGAAAUGACGUGGAUGGAUGUGCCUGGAGAUAAACUACUGGAGCCAGUUGUUUCCAUGUGGGAUAUGCUGCGGUCACUCACUAGCACAAAGCCUACCGUCAAUGACCAGGACUUGUUGAAAUUAAAGAAGUUUACAGAAGAUUUUGGCCAGGAAGGCUAAUACAGAGACAGCAGGAGCAUGCUUAUGCUGCGUUUCUUCUCUUUUGUAGGUACUUUACCUGUCUUGGAUGGCAUUCAGAUUAUUUCCAGUAAACUCCUUCACACCGGGAAAUGUACAUCUCACUUCAGUGUUCCUUUAAGUUUGUGUUAUACUUUUCCUACACUACCUGUAAAUUCUUCAAUUAACAAAAAUAGUAAAAUUGUAAGAAAAUGAGCAAUGGCAUAAAAAACAGAACUGAGACAGUGAGGAGAGCCUUGAGCUUGGCUUCAUGUACAGCAUCUAAUGCUCUUUCAAAAUAUUUUCAUGAAUGCUCUCUCAAAGUGCAAGCUCCCCCCUUCUUUUUUAAAAAGGAAAUUGAAAUAGGGCUAAAGCUAAUGAUGUAUAAAUGUCAUGAAAAGGUCUUUAGGCAUUUUAUCAAUGUAAAGUUAUUGCUUUAUUAAAAAUGGUAGAAUCUUUACUCUCAGGGAUGGGCAGCAAAGCACAGACAUUGUGGUGAACUGGGGGCAGGACCACAGCCAGUGUUCCUGUUGAUCUUGUAAUGGGUUGGUUUUUCCUGUGUAGACUAAAGUGGUGUUUUUAAAGGCAGAGGCGUUGUAACUACAUAACACCUUUCACUGUGUACUCAAGAGACUUUCCAAGUUAUUCAUCACCUUUAACUUGAAAAUGUCUAGUUCAUUUCCUUUUGUAACUAAGAUUGACCAAAAGAGGUGGCAAAGAAGUAUAAAUUUUUUAAAAAUUGUCAUGAAAUACUGUAAUGGGAACCUUUAAUAAUAAGAAAAUGGCCUCCUUGUGAACUUUGGGAUAUUUCCUUUGUAUGAUGUGGGUGUGUGUGUGUACAUAUAUACAUACAUAUAUACAUACAUAAUUUUUUAAUAUAGGAUAUUGAGAGUCAUGUCUUUCACUUUUAAGUUCAGGGAACGGUUUGCCCUAGUUACACAAACAUUAUCAUUGUGGUAUUCCAUAAAGCUUUAGAGACAAACUGAUGUCUCAUUAAGUAAUGAACUAUAAACAUACCAUCGUGUUACUUUAAUGUCUUCAAAUAAAUGAUCUUAAGAUGUAUGUCACACACGUGUGUACCAACACUUAGUUGUGCCUUGGACAUUUGCAUUGACUACAUGCAAACAAUUACUAGGUUUACUAGAAUUGCUAUGCAGUUCUACCUUGCAAGUGCUACACAGUAAAUGCAUUUUAAAGUAUAUUUGCACAUUUUACAUGCUAUGCUAUAUGAUUGCCCUUGGGUUUUCUGUACAGAUUAUUUUUGUUGAUACUCAAUGAAAAUUGUAGGCCUGAAAUAUACAGUUCUUAUGUGAAGUAAAUUGUUUUAACCUACUUUUAAAGGC